GAGCUGAAGGUGGUCUCGGUGCAGUGCUGGCUGAAGGAGUGGUGGACGGGCAAGGGCGAGGAGUGGCCCGUGAGACCCAACGUCAAGAACUUCCACGCGGAAGCCUGGUGGUACGCCAACAACAGGAAGACCGGGCCCUUCGAAACCAUCCGCUACGUUUGGUUCUCGGAGGACCAGCGUCUCAUCGCCAUGUACUUCCAGUUCUUCAUCAACGUGAACCGCUUGGGGGGUUCUUCCAGCGGAAUGGAUGCAAUGCUGAAGUGGGAUCGCCACCUCGCCGCAUUCAACAGCCAAGCGGAAGCGCCCAUCAAAGGGGCCUGGCACGCCUCCCGCGUUUGGACCAUCGCCGAAGCAGAGAAGGUGAUCCUGGACAGCACGCUGGUCACGCUUUGCAUCUCCCUGGGCUGCGUCUUCUUGGGAGUCUUGGUCUUCACUCGGAGCACACAUCUCUCGCUGAUCGUCAUGCUGGUGGUCAUGAUGAUUGUGCUUGGCCUGCUGUUCUUCAUGGUCAUCAUCAUGUCCUGGAAGAUCGGAGCCAUCGAAGUGUUGUCCCUCAUCGUCUUCGUGGGCUUUGCAGUGGACUACUGCCUCCACUUGUCUCACAAGUACCACUCCUGUCACAUCACGGACGUAGAGGAGCAGGACGACGAGGACGAAGAGGAGGAGGAGCAAGAGCAACAGUCGGUUGCCACGCGACUGCAGAACAUCGGCAGGAAGAGCAUCUCCAUGGCCGCCGGGGUGUCAAAGCCUGGGAAGUCCGGCAACCACCGCGUGUCCAUGAAGAUCUCCGACAUCGCGGUGACCAAGGCGACGACGGAGAAGCGGGAGCAAAACAAGCGCGUCCUCUCCAAGAAUCGCAGCGCGGAGCGCUUCGAGCGCUCGAAGUAUGCCCUUGAGAGGAUCGGCGGCUCCAUUGUCGGCUCAGCUCUGACCACCAUCGGCUCGGCCUGCUGCUUGCUGCCUUGCACCAUGCACGUCUUCUUUAAGCUGGGUGCCGUCGUUUGUGGCGUGACUGCCUACGCCGUGGUCUUCGCCCUCGUGCCCUUACCGGCCGUGUUGAUGUGCUUCGGGCCCUGUGGCCACGACUUCAGAUCCAUCCUCGAGCUCCUAGGGCGCGCUGCCCAGAACCUCAUGCCCGAGGACGAGGAGGAGGAGGACGACGAGGAGACCCCUUCAGCUUUGCAAUCUUCCACAGGCUGUCAGAAGUUUAUCGAUGAGGACCACAUCCUGUCAGUGGCCCCGACAGAUGAGCUUAGGGAGCACCGGCGCUACGUGCUCAACAUGCCCAGCAAGGGCAUGGGCCAAGUCGGGGACACCUCGCAUGUCCAGCCCACUCGCACAAGAAUCGCCAUCCAUGGCUGA